AUGUCUGUUUAUGAAAAUACUGGUCAAGGUGCACAGUUAAUAGAGAAAAUGAAAGUUCAUGUUAAAGAAAAGCAUCGUUUACUACAAAAAUCAAUUGAAAAAUUAGCAAAUGAUGCCUGUGCUGCUCUAUUUGCUGUCUAUAUAAAACAUUAUCGACGGAUCAAUUUAGCCAAAUCUGAAAUAGCUCGAAUGGAUAAUCGAAAACCACACAGUAAACUUUUGUCCAUUUUCGAAUAUGCCAAUCGUGUUCAAACAUUAUUUGCCAAAACUAGAGGGCAAGGUGGUGAUUGUCAAGAACUUUGCAAUCAUAUCAAAACUAAUUCACUCUUUCUCUUAUUAUCUGUAAAGGAAAAUCAUUUGAUUCCAAUUAUUCAUGAAGAUGUGAAGGAAUCAGGAACAAAUAUUGCACUCAUGGAUAAUGAACAUAAAAUAACAACAUUGAAACUAAAACGACAAGAUUCACGAUGGACAAAAGCAAAACUUAUUUUUCGAAUGCUUCGAAAUACAUUGCAAGCUUGUAUUCAAUUGAAAAAAUUGAUGAUGUCUAAGAAAGAAAUAAACAAUCAAAAACAAGACAAUGAACGUAUUCUUCAUGAAAUUAUCGACGCAUAUGUUUAUGGAGAUUGCUACGAAAACAAUAUGUCGACUAUUGUUGAAGAAAAAAGAUCCACAUCCGAGCAUAUGCUUCAAUGUAUGUCAAAACAAAAUGAACGAGCUAUGACGAGAUUGAUUACAUAUCGAUUUAGUGAAAUAUUUCUUCGGAAAUUAUUCGACGUUCAAGAUAAAAACCGAAUUCGUACUAUUGCUGCUAUUUAUUUGCGAUAUUUGAGACAAACUAAUUUAGAUUGGUUGUAUUUGGAAAAUAUCGAAGCAUCAAAUUCUAUACUGAAAGAAGAAAUCGGUAAUAGCUAUUAUGCGUGUAUCAAACUUGUUCUUUCCUAUUUGUUACAAUCGAAUAAUUCUGAAACAACAAUCUUGGUAUCAUCGAUGUUCAAUCUACUGAAUUUACCCUAUCAAUCAAUGGAUAUUUGUAAUAUGCAUUGUUAUCAAUUUGCUGAAACAUUUUUCACAUCAUUUAUUAGUUUAACAGAAAAAUUCGAUGAUCUUACAGUAUUGAAAACAAAGUUCAUUGAAUAUAAUUGGUUUCGAUUGUUCACUUUAAGACUGUGUGAAAACAUUCAAAUUGAAGAACUGAAUGGGAUGAAAAACGUACUACUACAAGAACAAAGAGAUUUGAUUUUUAAUAGAUUGAUUUUCAAUGAAUUGAAGCAAUUGAAAGAAACCUUUGAUGUUGCAACAGAAAAUCAAGAGCGUGAUACUAAUAAAGAAAAACAUGACUCAUUGAAUAAUGUAUCCCUUGAGUGGUUCAUCAGAAUUGUUACAACGAACGAUGAUGUAUCAAGUAUAUCAAAUUUUCUUUCUUCAAAAUCAAGCAUUGAACUCUAUACUAAUCAAUGGUUGAUCCUUCUUCUUCGAUGCAUUCAUACUUAUCAACACGUCCGAUCUGUCUGUACUACGAUUAAUUAUAUAGAAGAAUUUCUUCACAUCUAUCAUCGUAGUCAAUCUGUCACCAGCACAUCGCUUGUGUUGAAAAUAUUACGCCAUUUAAUUCCAUUAUUAUCUGACAGUACUGAUAAAAUGUCAAGUGUACUUGUAAAAAAUCUUUUAGUCGAAGUUUUCAAUUCAAUUGGUGGAAAAUUUAGUGUACAACGUAUUACACCAGAUAUCAUUACUGAAUUAAUCAAUUUCUAUCGAACGAUCAUGUCAAUUAAAUCUCCAUGGCAAUCGUUAGCCACACAACUUGUUAUUGAUAGUAUUGCUUCGAAUUUCAACAACUUCAAGUCAUUUGAUAAUAUUGAUAAAAGUCAAUUGACUGAUUUCAUUGCAUCAUUAUCUAUACUAGGUGGAUAUAUUGAGCCUUAUUGUCUAGGUUCGAUUGUGAAAAUCUAUGUCGAUAAUGGAAAUCUUAAUGAAUCUUAUUUGGCAUUAAUCACAGAAGUAGAUAUCAAUGGCCGAGAUUUAGGUACACCUGAACAAUCGCCAUACUAUAUUCAAUAUUUUCAAAAAGACAAGGCUGAAUGGGUCUCAGCCGAUAAAUUAAAACUUGAGAUUGAUGUUUCACCACCGAAUCCAUAUUUAUUUCCUCAUGCCGAUGAAACAAUCGAUUUGAUUUUGGAUAAAUUUGCUUCAUUCAUACAACUGGACACUUCAACAUCCAAUUCUAUAGUUAUGUUACAACUGAAACGUCGCUGUAUCGGUGCAUUAUAUCAGUUGUUAAAUGAUAGAAAACUGGUAGAAACAUUUAUGCAAAAACCUUAUGCAUUUCUUCUUGCGAAAUUAGCUGUUCGUAGUUUUCCAUUGCAAACUCGACUUCAGUUGUUUGAUUUACGUCAUUUUAGUAAAGAACAUUUAGAACAAUAUUGUUUAAGUCUAGACAAUUGUGAUCAUUCAAUACAAAUAGAAGAUGAUGAUCAUAAAAAAGAAAAUGUUCAUAAUGAUAUGAAGCAGGACGAUACAGCUGACCUAUCGCCAUUUAAUGUUUGGGAUAAUAUUCCAAUCCAUCGUGAGCCAAAGAUUGUCGAUAAUUUAACUGCAAGUACAUUGAAAUAUAAUGGAUGGAAACCGUAUGCAUCAAAAGUUGAAAUCGAACUAUUUAAACCAGGUCGAAUAGGAAACGAUGACUUAUGUGUUGUUCCGAUGCCCUAUCGAAUUCCUACCACAUCAGUAUUUCAAGAAAGUGGUAAUAAAUAUAAAUUUCUAGGAUGCAUCGAUUCGACUAAUGACAGCAGCGAUGGCAGCUUUCCGACUUACAUUAUUGAUAAUGUGCAAGUGAAUGAAGGAAAAUGGUACUUUUGUGUGAAAUUACCACUCGCAGGACUUGUUCAAAUUGGAUGGGCAACAGCUGGAUUUGUGCCUGAUUCUCGUAAUGGUCUUGGAAUAGGCGAUGAUUCUCAUUCAUGGUCGUACGAUGGAUCACGACACGUUCUCUUCCAUGAUGGUAGUUAUGAGUAUCCUGUUGAUGAUAUUCAUUGGAAAGAAAACGAUGUAUGCGGAUGUGGAAUUGAAAUCGAUGGUGAAAAUACACGAAUCAAAUAUUGGUUGAAUGGACAAUGCUUUGGUACAGCUUUUGCACAUCAAUCAUAUCUCGGAUCAUCACGAUUGAAGUGUGAUAUGAGGCCCAAUGGACCAAAUACUAGCUACUUUCCCGGUGUCUCUAUGCAAUCGCAUAGUUAUUGCUCAAAUCGUUGUGAAUUCAUACUUAGUCCAGAAGAUAUGAUCGAAUGCCCAUUGCCCGACGGUUACAAGCCACUUAUAUUACCAAAAUUAGUCAACACUGAAAAUUCGAUUGUGGCCUAUCCGUUCAGUGCUUAUUUAAUAGGAGAUGAUAUGAAAAAUUAUAUCUAUACGUCAAGAUUGAAUACUUCGACGAUUCGUCUGCGUAACUUUGUCAAUGAAAAUCAUUUAGAAACCUCAUUUAUUCUUGAUGAUCACCAUCUAAUAUUACCAGAAAAUAGUGGCGGUUUAUUGUUUCCGAUCGAUAAUUUAACGUCUCCAUCAACAAUUAGCUUUGAUUUUAAAUUCAUAACUACGGUCAAUAAUGAUUCGAAUAGCAAAGGCAACGUUCAUCUACUAGCAUUGAAUCCAAACGAACCAUUUUCAAUAGACAUACCAACAGUCAGUGAAGCCAAUGAAGAGAUACGAAUAGCAAUCAUAUUCCAUCCGGAAGAACAACAAACAAAACUGUAUGUGAAUGAUAAAUGUCGAAUAUUUUAUGGAGGAUUUAACCAUGAAAAGACAGCUAAUCUGAUUUUACACAUUUUACCCAAUGGUGGCGUUGCAAUUCGAAAUCUUGCAAUAUGGAAAUAUGCUUUAUCCGAAGAACAUAUUCAUCGUCUAUUUACAUAUGGCCUAUCAUAUGUGGCCAGUGAUUAUGAGCAAUUGAAAGAACAUCGAAGGCAAGUCAACGUAUUUACAUUUAGUGAAAACCAACAGAUGUUUGACAAUGAAUUACUUGUACCAUUUAAUCAACCAUUCGAAAAGAGUUUAUGGCAGAAAAAGAAAAAACAAGUCGACAAUGAUGAAUCAAACUAUUUUAAAACAAUUGAUGAAACUAAUCGAUCUGCUGUGCAGUUAUUCGGAAACAAAACUUAUCUUGUUUUAGACAUAUCUACAGAGCAUCAUCUUGAAUUGACAUUUGUACUUGAUAUUUACGUACCGAAUUUUCCAAAGAAUAAUGAGCAACUGAUAUUAGUAAUGUUGAAUCCACAAUUAAGCAUUUACAUAGCACAUGAUGGCCAUCUUUGUCUUUCAUCCGACAAUCAAACCUUGAGCAUGAGUACAUUAAAUUUUCCACUAAACGAAUACGUACGUUUUGUUGUUUCAAUCGAUGAUAAUUAUGGCAAAAUCUAUCUCAAUGGAUCAUUGGCAUUCGAAAAUGAUCAGUUUACCACAAUAACGAAUCCCAUUUACUUGUUUAAAGAAAAGAAUUCAACAACGAAUACAACGGGACAAGAUACAUUGCGAAUUCAGUGCAAACUGAUUGCUUUUCUAAAUCGAACUGUUUCAAUAGAUUAUGUCAUGGAAUCACCGCAACAUGCUCUAGAAUCAUGGCUUGCGCCACCUCUGUCGCUUGUUUUAUCACGUUUAAGUGCUAUUGGAUACAAAGAAACAUGGAUUACAUCGGUUAUCAAACAAUCCGAAACAUUUACAUUGCAAAUGGCUGAUAAGCUCAUUCGUGAACAGAAAGAACAGUUGAUCAAAGACGAUCUGAAGAAUCGGCGAGACCAUUAUAUCAACACUUUAUCACAGUUAGCUCCAUCUAUUGACAAAGAAAAGUUAGAAAAUAAGAUCAUAUUCGUCAAACUCGAAAAUGAAACUGAUUUAUUAGCAGUAGCUGAGUUGGUGUUGGCCAGUUGGAAUGAUAUAAAACUACCAACAAUUUCAACUGAUGACCACGACGAAACAGAAAAUGAAUCGAGAGACACCAAAUGGUUUCAAAAAACUGUACGUGGCUUAUCUACCAAAAAUAGCUUUACAGAAUGGAUUCAACACCAAUCGAUAAAUAAUCAUAACGAUGAACUCGUUUAUCGACUUCUUGAUUUGAAUAAACCAGACCUAGAACAAUCAGUUAUGAUGACAAUGACAGAAAGUUCACGAAAGAUAGUGCAGAAAUCGGUACAAUAUUCACAUCGACAACUUUCACAGAAACAAUAUUUUGAUUUACGAAUUGCUUGUGAACAAGGAUUAAUCUCGAUCUAUGCACGAGAAACAGUUUUCAAUCUUCUCAAAAUUUGGUCGAACAAUGGUCAAAAUUUAUUUUCAAUAGAAAAACUGGGUGAUUCUCAAUUGAUUAUCACUUUACUGCGACUAAUGGAAUAUUAUUACAGUUCAGUAAAUGAUCGAGUAAACUCGAAUAUCGAUACCUUGAAUAUCGUGGCAAAAUCUAUGCUACAAGCUGAAGUGGAUUUAUUACUUAAGCACAUUAGAGGACAUGGUGAAAUGAACGCCCAUUUAUUUCAUAAUAAAGUUCCAUUGCUAUAUCAACUACAAAAAAAUAUUAUAGGACAAUUGAUUCUUUUUCUGGUUCAACCAUCAUUAUUAACAAAAGACUAUAACGAGCAAACAACUAAUAUGGAUGAGCAAAUGAUAAUUAAUCAACCUAAUUUGACAUUUAUUUUCACAAUAAUAGAAAUAUUUGCAGAAUUACUAUCAAAUAAAUCAGCAAUGAAUCAACACGAAAUUGAUUUGAUUCUUCCAUUUCUAUUUCCAGAAAUGCUAAUCAAUCUUAUUUUUGAUCUAUUUCUCGUAGUUCCAAUGCAUGAACCAAAAAUUUUCAUCCUUCAUUUAUUUACAAUGUAA